AUGGAGUCUCUCGCAGAAGACGGGCUCUUGGACGCUGCAGACGGCUCUCUGGAGGUGAAGGGGUUAACGCACCUCCUCCAUCACCUCCUCUAUCACCUCCACCAUCACCUCCUCAUCACCUCCUCCAUCACCUCCUCCAUCACCUCCUCCAUCACCUCCUCCAUCACCUCCACCAUCACCUCCACCAUCACCUCCUCCAUCACCUCCUCCAUCACCUCCUCCAUCACCUCCACCAUCACCUCCACCAUCACCUCCUCAUCACCUCCUCCAUCACCUCCACCAUCACCUCCUCAUCACCUCCUCCAUCACCUCCUCCAUCACCUCCUCCAUCACCUCCUCCAUCACCUCCACCAUCACCUCCACCAUCACCUCCUCCAUCACCUCCUCCAUCACCUCCUCCAUCACCUCCUCAUCACCUCCUCCAUCACCUCCACCAUCACCUCCUCAUCACCUCCUCCAUCACCUCCUCCAUCACCUCCUCCAUCACCUCCUCCAUCACCUCCUCCAUCACCUCCACCAUCACCUCCUCAUCACCUCCUCCAUCACCUCCUCCAUCACCUCCUCCAUCACCUCCUCCAUCACCUCCUCCAUCACUUCCACCAUCACCUCCACCAUCACCUCCUCAUCACCUCCUCCAUCACCUCCUCCAUCACCUCCUCCAUCACCUCCUCAUCACCUCCUCCAUCACCUCCUCCAUCACCUCCUCCAUCACCUCCUCCAUCACCUCCUCCAUCACCUCCUCCAUCACCUCCUCCAUCACCUCCUCCAUCACCUCCUCCAUCACCGUGUGGUUCGCUGGAGCCACAGUCAGGGACAAACAGAGACUACAGUGCAUUGUGCGCUCUGCAGAGGAAGUGA